AUGCCGAUCGCUGUCCUACCCCAGGAGACUGUCCGCGUGCUUACAUCUAGCGUUGCUCUGAACGACGCCGUCUCCGUCGUCAAGGAGCUCGUGGACAAUGCUCUAGAUGCCUCGGCCACAGCUAUCACUAUCGAGAUAUCCACCAACACUAUCGACACCAUCCAAGUCAAGGACAAUGGCAGAGGUAUCGGUAUCGAGGACAGGCAGCUUCUCUGCAAACGAGGAUGCACCUCCAAAAUCCGCACCAUUGAGGACUUGACGACACUCGGCGGUAGGUCGCUCGGCUUCCGUGGCGAAGCACUGGCAAGCGUGGUCAACACCAGUGAUGCUGUUCUCAUCACAACUCGUAUCGAAGGGGAGAUGGUAGGUACGGCUCUGAAGUUUGGAGCGAACGGAAAGAUGCUUAGCUCGUCUUCGGCGUCACAUGCAGUCGGCACCACUGUUCGUGUGCAGAACUUCCUUUCGAAUGUGCCUGUUCGGAAACAGACCGUGCUCAAGUCCACGUCCAAGAUCCUUUCGAGCAUUCGCAAGUUGCUUCUUUCUUAUGCGUUCGCAAGACCCGAAACACGAUUCACAUUGAAAGUGCUGAAAGCAAAGUCUGACAAGCUGAAUUGGUCAUAUGCUCCCGGAGGAAGCAAAUCGACGCUGUCCGAGAAUGCUGUCAAGAUCAUCGGCAAGGAAGCAGCGUCCCAGACCAUUCAAAUUCAUUCGCCGGACACAGACAGCGGAGACACUCAAACCAUGACAGCACUGGUCAUUGACCCCAAAUCUGAUGUCGAAAAAGCUUGCAAUAUAGACUCAUACUUCAGCGUCGAUAAACGGCCCAUAACGACCGACCGAGAUGUCAUGAGAGACCUGCACAAAAUGUACAGAAGCUACUUACGCAACACUAUAUGUGAUGUCGAGAACAUCAAAGUCUCGAAACCUUUCAUUGCCUUACAAUUAUCAUGCCCACCAGAAUGUUACGAUGUCAACGUUGAACCCGCCAAAGAUAGAAUUAUGUUCUACGACCAGAAGACUGUGAUCGAUCUAUUCGAAGGAAUGAUGAUAGCCACAUAUGGAGAAUUGACGAAGAACGACGUGACAGCGAGGGUCCCUCGUCCAGCUGCCGGACCAACACCUUUCGAGGUUCUGCUGGCCACACCACGGCAGAUGUCUCCUGUGCAUGCUAAGUCGUUCGCGACGAGUCCUACCAGGGAUGGAGAUGCAGGACCCACGGACACGAUCCUCGCCAAUGCUCAAUCUCCAGCCGACAAGCUUGAAAGAAGAGAGUCCUUCGACAACCCAUGGACCAAAGCCAAGAUGAAUGUCCGUCUAGCACCAAAAAUCUGGGCCACUGAGCAGCCAGACUCGCCCGUAGCGGAGGGUACGAAUAUUGGAAGCACGCCCUCAGCUGAAUCAACCACUCCGAGACGCAUGUCGAGUCAAGACUUCGAGCAGCUACCAACACCUGAACCCUCAUCCGAUCCUGGCCAGCCAGCUUACCAAAAUCCCGGGCCACCAAUGCGACGGCGCGAGAGGCAGUUGUCAGAUUCAGAGGCCGAAAAUGAGCGUCCAGCAGGCUCCCCUGCGCGAGGUCCGACGCUACUAGACGGCUGGAUCCGUGCACAGCAGCUGCGAUCAGAUGACGUACCGUCACAAGUAGACAAUCCUUCCUCUGGCCCAGCAACUAUCUGCGAGCCAGGCGUCGGGACUGAGGACCAACAUAUGCCAAAGAAAACACAUCGGACUCAAGACUCAUCAACGAGCUCAACCAUGUCAAUGCAGGCAACGUCUCGGCGAGGCGGCUUGGUCCAGAAGCCUGUCGCUACGCCCUUCCAGCGACCUCGCCUGAGUCAGUUUCCUGAUACCUCUGCUUCACAGAUGAUUCCAGCGGCGACCAGACCUCGUGCUGCAAACCUGCAUGCCCAUCACCCGCCUCUUAGCGGUCCAGAGGCUACGAGCGAGCUUGAUGACAUCUUAGAGUUUGAACGACAGAAAAGAGUUGUGGCCGAGCAGCGCAAGCAAGCUAUGCGACGAGAUAAAGGCCACCGAACAUCUGCCUCCCAUCUUGAGCAGCCCAGUCUCCGAUCCAUUUUGAAAGUUGGGUCCAAUGCGACUGGUCACGUCGACACGAUGGCUGGCAACAUCGAGGACUUUUCAUCGCAAUUCGAAGACGAUGGCACUGACAAUCUCGUCGAACCUCCUCAUCCGCGAAUGGCGGCGUACAGCGACGAUCUGAGUCUGGUCAAAAGCCAACCUGUAACAUCUCGAAGCGCUAUCGACCGGACAGAGCAUAGCGGCGAUGGCUUCGAGGCACACUUCCCAGCAAAGCAAGAUCUAUCUGCCGAGCAGUCAGCCACGAAAAGCUUCAGCUUAUCAGAUUCCGAUCCUCGCUCCCACCUUUUCCGCCAACGUGAAAUCGGCAACCAUGGAAAUGCAUCCAGCGCAGCGGGACUGACACGUACAGGUCUCAAGAUUCGACGCAUCAAGACAACUCGCCUGCCUCUAGAGAUCAUUCCAACCGAGUACAAAACGAAUGAUCUUGCCAUCGAGCUGAUGUGCUUAGGCUACGAAGAUGUAACAGCUGAGGAUGGUCAGAAGCUGCUGGCAUGCCUGCGAGCUAGUGCUGCGGAGUUGAAGACAAGUGACGAGCAUGUCAAGUCAGGGAGUGUGAGUGCGGUUGACUGGGCCUCGUGCGAGGGAAAGAUCGAGGGUUGGAGUCGCGUCGUCGCCGGAGCACUGCAGAAGCUGAAGCCUGACAUCGAGAAGCGGGAAGUCGAGCGCGAGAUUGCUUUAAGCAUGCAAAAUGCCUUGACUCAAGAGCCACAAGUAACCACCUGA